CCCCCACUUUCCUGAGGCUUUUAUUUUGGAACCGAAAGUGUGCUGCUGUGGUGAAAGUAAACACUAGUGGGGUAACGUGAGACUGCACGUCCUGAGCCAUGUUGGUGAGAGUAGCCGCCCGUAGCUGUCGCGUAACUAGAGGCUGCCACAGAUUGUGGUGUGGUGCUCCUCAGCUCACGGUCCACAUCAGAUGUGCAAGUGAAACUAAGGCAGGCACAAAGAGAUCUGAUGAACAGCAGCACUGGGAGGCAGCGAGCGAGCUGCCUUUUUCCAGAGCCAGGAUCGGAGCCUUUUUUCAGGAAAGGCCUGUGCUGAGGAAUCCAUUUCUAGAGGAUGCCUUGCUCAGAGGUUACCUGAAAAGACACCUUCCCCAUGAGGCUGCUCGCUCAGACUUGUGUGCAUUUGGAGAGCGCGUGGCAAAUGAGGUGGACACGUGGGGCAGAGAGUGUGAAAUGACCCCACCACAGCUGAUACAGUUUGAUCCCUGGGGUCAAAGGAUAGACCACAUAGUGACCUCUCCAGCCUGGAAACGCAUGAAAGACCUCUCAGCAGAGGAAGGACUGGUCGCCAUCGGCUAUGAGCGGUCAUUUGGGGAGUGGAGUCGUGUGUACCAAAUGAGCAAGUUGUACAUCUUUUCUCCCUCCUCUGGUCUCUACACCUGUCCUCUGGCCAUGACUGAUGGAGCUGCUAAAGUAAUACAAUCCAUAGGCGUAACAUCGCCGGUAGAUGAAGCCUUCAGUCGUUUGACCACUCGUGAGCCUGAAUGGUUUUGGACGUCUGGACAGUGGAUGACAGAAAGGCAGGGAGGAUCUGAUGUAGCCAGUGGCACAGAGACGGUGGCUGUACCCCAGUCAGACGGUACAUACAAACUUCACGGUUUCAAGUGGUUCACCUCAGCAACAGAUGCAGACAUGACUCUCACACUGGCCCGAGUGCUGGACGGCACAGGAGCCACCACUCCAGGCAGCAGGGGUUUGUCCCUGUUCUAUGCAGAGGUGAGUCGAGAUGAGAGUGGCCAGCUGAGGGGAAUAGAGGUUCAGAGGUUGAAGGACAAACUGGGCACGCGACAGAUGCCGACCGCCGAGUUACUGCUGGACGGGCUGCCGGCACACAGGCUUUCAGAAGAAGGGAGAGGUGUGGCCUCCAUCGCUAACAUGUUGACUAUAACCAGGAUCCACAACAGCAUCUCUGCAGCAGCUGCAAUGAGAAGGGUGGUCCAAUUAUCUCGUGACUAUGCCACUCGCCGCUCCGCCUUUGGAAAGGUUCUGAAAGAUUACCCACUGCACAUGCAGACUCUCGCUAGGAUGGAGGUGGAGACCCGCGGGGCGUUCCUGUUAGUGAUGGAUGUGUGCCGUCUGUUGGGCCGGGAGGAAAGCGGCAUAGCGACUCAGCUCGACACGUACCUCCUACGUUUGCUCACUCCUGUGGUCAAACUGUACACUGGAAAGCAGGCAGUGGCUGUGGUGUCAGAGGGUCUGGAAAGCUUUGGUGGACAGGGCUACAUUGAGGACACCGGGUUGCCUGGACUGCUUCGUGACGCACAGGUUUUGAGUAUUUGGGAAGGUACAACUAAUAUUCUGUCUCUGGAUGUUCUGCGCUGUGUGGCUCGCAGCUCAGGAAUGGUUCUUCAUGCUUACUUCGCACACGCUAAGUCGCUGCUUGCAGGUGCAUCCAGUGUUCCCUCGUUGGGCCCAGCAGUGAAUGCGGUGGAGGCUGCUCUCUCUGAACUGCACAAGUUUGUUCAAGUAGCAGCAGAGAGAGAACACGGCUACCUGGAGCUGGCAGCCAGAGACCUGGCCUACAGUCUCGCGAGAAUCUACGCUGGUGCCCUUCUUAUUGACCAUGCUUGUUGGAAAGGAGCCUCUCCAUCUGACACCUAUGCAGCUCUCAGAUGGUGUGAACAGGAUUUGUGUCCUGUGGUGAAUAAACAGGAGAGGGGCUGCUAUGACGCCAACACUCCACCACUUGAUGCGGCACUGGUGUAUGACCAGCCUUCACAAGAAUGAACGUUCUGUGCAAACAGAUACAGCUGACAUUUCUGCACCUAACUAUGCUUCUGACUCUGAGCAUGGACUGUGUAAUCAUGUGUGUAUGUGAACACUUGUGGAUUCACUACUCUUUGCAAUAUAAAACCCAUUUUUAGAGA